AUGCCACCGAUAACAGCACCCGUAGUCUCAAACCGAGAAGAAGAUUCCAUGAACAAUGAGCCUUCGCUCAGUGGCAAAACUAUAAUAGGCCUCAUCUAUCCACCACCAGAUAUUCGAAGUAUUUCUCUAUAAACUUGAAAUUCUUAAUUUUUGUUUUUUUUUAGCAAUCGUUGACAAAACCGCGUCGUUCGUGGCCAGAAAUGGAAUAGAUUUUGAGAAUAAAAUUCGAGAAAAGGAAUCGAAUAAUUCGAGGUUCAACUUCUUGAGCAAUACUGAUCCCUACCAUGCUUACUACCGCAAAAAGGUUUGUUUUUAAUACAAAAAUUAUUGUUUUAAUAGAUAUUUUUUUAGGUCAUAGAGUUUGCUGAAGGAAAGGUAGAAACGUCGAAGGUGCAAGUGCCAGACGCAGUGAAGGAAGUUGUGAAAAAAGCCGAAUUUAUUCCUCACAAGCCUCCGCCGGCCUUUGAAUUUUCUCAUGACCCUUCCACUAUCAAUAGCUAUGAAUUGUGAGUUCUUAGGGACUGAUUGACGCAAAUAAAAUUAAUUAUUAAGAGAUCUGAUCCGAAUGACGGCCCUUUUCGUCGCCAGGAACGGCCGUCAGUUCUUGACUCAGUUGAUGACCAGAGAGGCCAGAAACUAUCAGUUCGAUUUCCUGAAACCCGCUCACGCCAGCUUCACCUACUUCACCAAGCUCGUCGAGCAGUACACCAAGGUUUUUCGUUUUGAAAAAUGACGAAAAAAAAAAUUAUUCUAGGUCGUUGUGCCUCCCAAUAACAUUGUCAAGCAACUGCAAGAAGAAGCGACGAAUCGAAAAAAGCUCGUGGAAGAUAUAAAAUAUCGAGUCGCCUGGGAAAAGCAUCAGAAAGGCCUGAGGGACAAGGAGGAGGCUGAGGCUGAAAAAGUAUGAAAAAAAAAAUUGAUGUAUUGGAAUAUUUUUUUAAGGAACGUCAAGCUUACGCUCAAAUCGAUUGGCACGACUUUGUGGUCGUUCAGACUGUUGAUUUUCAGCCGGGAGAUUCUUGUAAGUAAUUUUAUGAAUUUAUUAUCUUUUUAUUACGAGUUUUUUAAUGAAUUUGUAUCGGUCUAUGUAGAGAGUUAUGUGUAAAAUCAUCCUUUUUCAUAGUUUCCUUAUAGAAUUUCCAAAAAGAUCGGUUUUCCUGAUUGAAAAACCUUCAAAAUUCGUUUUGAAACAUAUUUUAUAGAUAAUUUGCAACUUCUAGGCUUCCCUGAAGGUUUCAAAAACUUUGAAAAGGAUGUAAUUUAGACCAAGAAACUGAUUUUUUCCAGCCAACCUUCCCCCUCUCUGUACACCGAAAGACGUUGGAGCCAGGAUUUUACUGGAAGCUCGAGCCGAACAACAAAAAGCUUCGGCAGAAGCUGUCGAAAUGGACAUGGAAGAGUCCGACAGUGAUGAGGAGCGCGAUAUUGAGGUAGAUUUUUGGGAAAAUCAGGGAUUUUUCUUUUUUGAUCGUCUUUUCUCGUUGAUUUUUCAGUUGAAUUUUAAAGUUUUUAAAUUUUUAGACUAAAAAUAUCGCUAUUAUAACUUUUUCAAGAUAUGUUAAUGGUUCAAAACCUCCUAGGGGCCACUAGGAAUUUCUCUAGCAUUUCAUAAUGUGAAAAUACAUUGGGAUCGCAAACCGAGCCUUUAUGAGCCAUUUAGUGAUCACUUAAGUGCAUUUACGGCGUAAAAAUGAGUAUGGAAUGGCUCAGAAACGUCUCGCUGAUUGUUCAGUUGAAUUUUAAAGUUUUCAACUUUUGUUUACUAAAAAUAUCGCUGUUAUAACUUUUUUUGAACAUAAGCUACUGGUUCAAAACCUUCUAGGUACCACAAAAAAUCCUUCUAGCGUUUCAUGAUCCCAAAAUACACGGGCAUCGCCCCCCUUUAAGAGUCAUUUAGUAAUCACUUAAGCAUUUUCCCGCUUCUAAAAUAGAUACUGGAUGGUUCAGAAAAGAAGCUAGUGGCUCAAAACUUUCUAGGGUCCAAUAGAAAUUUUUCCAGCAUUUUAUAAGGGGAAAUUACAUUGGUAUCGCAAACGGAGCCUUUAAGAGCCAUUUAGUGAUAACUUAAGCAUUUUUACGCCUUUAAAAUAGAUACUGGAUGCUUCAGAAAAGAAGCUAGUGGCUCAAAACCUUCUAGGGACUACUAGAAAUUUCUCUAACCUUUAUAAGGAGAUGAUACAUUUGCAUCGCAAACCGAGCCUUUAUGAGUCAUUUAGUGAUCACUUAAGUGUAUUCACGGCGAUAAGUACUGAAUGACUCAGAAACGGCCAGGAGACUUUCGGUUUACAUUGGCCUUUUCAUAUUUUAGGAACUGCUUAACUUUCCCUUUUUCCAGAACGAAGCAGUGCCUCAACCGACCUUUGCCGCGCCUCUGCCGCCUACCAAAGACAAGAACGUUAUUGUCAGGGAUUACGAUCCAAAGAAAGGUAAAAAUGACUCAAUUCGCUCUGAAAAAUGACCUUGAUUUUUCAGCCAGUGGCGGAAAGCUCAAACCCUCGGAAAAAUGGCUCAUUUCGCCACUUACCGGCGAAAGAAUCCCCUCGGAUAAGCUUGAUGAACAUGUCCGGUUGGUUUUUUACUUUGCAAAUGUAUUAUUAUUAUUUUUUCUUGGAUUUCUCAAUUUGUUUACUUUCAGCUUGUUCUCUUUAAAUCACGACCAUGGCGAUUUUUUUUCUCUGAAUCUUGAAAUCUGUCCAUUUUUAGCUUGUUUUCUUCAAAAAUCUGUUCAUUUUUCAGCUUUUUCUCUUCAAAUCACGACCAUUUCGAUUUUUUUUUACAUUGUUCACCUGAACCUUGAAAUCUCUGGGAAAAUUUUAAGGGGCCACUAUAGUAGUCAAAAUAGUGACCACUUAAGGGGUUAAAAAUUAGUGGCCUCUAUAGAGGUCUAAGUGCUACUACUAGACCACAAAAAGCUUUAGUGGCCACUUUAGGGGUCAAUAGAUCAACAUAACUGGUCCAAUCUGUUUGUUUUUUAAAUUAACAGAGUUACUGGAAGGACUACUGGAUGAAAAACUACUGAAGUGGCCACUAAAUCGGAAAAUAAUGGCCACUAUAGAGGUGGGUUUAAUGGCCACUUUAAUGUCCUCUCCAAGAAGUCCUUGGCGAGCCUCUAGAGUGGCCACUAAAGACUUUCCCAGCUGUUCAUUUUUAGCUUAUUAUCUUUAAAUCACGACAAUUUUUAUCUUUUUCAGGUACAACACAGUCGCAUCGCAGUACAAAGAAGACCGUGAACGACAUUUGGGCGAGAGAAGUACUGAGGAGCCGGUUUUGGCUCUUGGAGCUGAUAUCAGCAAGAACUUGGGACAGUUAGUGUUGAGAAUAUUGGGCGUACUUUUUAGGAAAAGCUCCGUUUUUCGUAAAGUUGAGUUGUGUAUUAAGAAAAUCAGAACUUAGAUUCGGUUGAAUAUAAAGAUACAUAAGUUGUUUGAAGAUUCGCCGAGCGUCGUACGGAUAUCUUCGGUGUCGGCUCUCAAGGUGCUGAACAAACUGUGAUCGGACGGAAACUCGGCGAAGACGAUGAAGCCCAGCAGGCCAACCACAAGCUGAUCUGGGACGGAACUGAGGAAACCAGAGAGGCCAUCACGAAGGCCGUUCAGAAUAAUAUUACCAUUGGUUAGUUUUGGGUCACCUAAAUCUUCUAGGAAGCUCAUUUUAUAGCCCAUUCCGUCAAGAUUUUUCUUCUCUCUAGAGCUAAAGAAUCCUUUUCUGCAAUGGCCUAUGCGUCUUUAAAUCAGCCUUCAAUUUCCGUCUUAUUAAAGGCGCAUGCCCAGAUAAUACCCGCGUAGAAAGAGGUCCUAAAGCUUGGAUAACUAAGAAAAGUUUAGGGGGGACAAAUUUGGACUCUUUUAGGGGCUCAUCCCAGGGCCCUAACUCAACCAUUGUCGGAGCCCCGAAAAGCUGGUUUAGGGCCCCCCCCCCUAUAGGGGUUUUUAUUGAAGGGGCCCCUAUAGGGUUUAGGAUCAAAUUUUCACUGAAAUUUCUCGGAGCUACUUUUUUUCGAUCUCUGCGCCUUUAAACCAGUAUCUAAUUUUCGUCUUGUUGAAGGCGCAUACCAGCGAAAAAGGGAGAGCUUUGACAAAGAAAUCGCGACAAACUGGCGCUUGAAAUUUUUUCAAAAAUCGGCCUGAAUGUUCCUAGAUGGAGCAGAUAAGGUUCUAGAAGUCCCAAGCUUCACAAGUUUUCGAAAAAGCUCAAAGAUGAUGAAUGUUGAAAUUGUCAUUUCCAGACCAGCAAAUCCACGACCUCCACCGCGCCCACGGCUAUUUGCCGGACCCAAACAAGGAGAAAAUCGGCGCCAAACCGCCGGCCGUCCUGAUCACUCAAGGGGUCGCUGGAUCUUCCGCCCCGCCCAGAAUGCCCAUCCCGCCGCCGCCCAUGGCUCGCCCUAGCACUACGGUUUGUAUUGGGAUCUGAAAAAUAGCGAAUUCCGCGUGAAAUUGUCACGUUUAAGGGCAUGAUAGGGAAAACCACAGUAUAUAGAGCUUUUUUGCACUCUCGCUUUGAGACCUGAAGUUUAAAGGUUUACGGUAUUUUGGUCAUAAGAAAGUGUUUUUGUAAGGAAAACGGGAAGGAAUCGAAAUUUUUUCUGCUCAAAAAAGGAAUUUGUCUUUUUCAGAUGAUGCCGCUCAACGUCCCAGAACCUGGAGGACCUCCAUCGAAAAGGGCCAGAACUGAAGAAGAUCUUGAACCUGAAGAUGUCUGGCUUCAGAAGGUUUUUCUGAAAUCGAAAAUUAUGUUAUUUGAAAUUUUUCAGAUCCACGGCCAAGUGGAGAUCCUGCUGCAGCUGCCGGUGGCUCAGGAAUUUGGAUUGGAUGGAUCGAUUGUCGGAUUUCAGGCUGAUCCGGCUGCUCCGGUUAGUUGAGGAAAAAUGAAGGCAUUUUGAAGAACUUUUUUGCUUUUUUUGAAGUUUCUAGGUUCAAAAUCGUCAUUUCCGGAAAAAGUUAUCGAUUUUUAGGUCGGAGAUUUGAAGCAGAAGAUCCAGGAGCGCUUCAAUUUCCCGUCCUCGAAGCAGAAGCUGAUGUAUGAUGUGAGUUUUGGCGGAGAAACAAGUUUUUGGUCGCUUUUGGAAUGUUUUGACAUUUGCGUCCGACCCAAGACGGCUUGUGAGUGAAAAAAAUGUUAGUGUAUGUACUCGGACAUUGAUAACGCGAAACGGACCUGCUCCGGACGUUUCUGUCAAUUCUAGGGAUCACUCAAGAGGUCCGAGUAAGGUAUCGAUUUUUAAAAUAUUAGAGUCAACUUGAACCGCAACGCGACCGCGCCGCUCUGACCCAUUCUCAGUGCGACCAGGGAUUUUUCCUCGAACGACUACGAAUUUGAGAAAAAUAUUAAACUUCCAGGGCUUCUUCCUGAAAGACAACUGCUCGCCGGCCUUCUACAACAUGACCAAGCAGUCCUUGGUCAUCCUCCAAGUCAAAGAACGUGGUGGAAAGAAGAAAUAA